AUGGGGCCAAACAGCAGCAGCAAACAAUCGAAGGGGGCCCCCGGGGGGCCCCCCAAGAGGCCCAAGGGGGCCCCCAAGGGGUUUAAGGGGGCCCCUGGGGGCCCCCAGGGGCCCCGCAAAGGGUCAGGGGGGCCCCCUGGGGGCCCCCAGGGGGCCCACAAGGGUACUAGGGGGGCCCCCAGAGACCAUCAGGGGCCCCCGGGGGCCCCCCAGAGUAAGAAAAGAAAGGAGGGCCCUUUGGCAGGCCGUGAUGGCCUAAAGGAGAAGUCGAAAGCUAAGGAAAGCCCGGAUGGCAGCAGCAGCAGCAGCAGCAGCAGCAGCAGCAGCAGGGGGAGCAGCGGGAAGGUGCCGCAGUGGGCGUUGGAGGCUGUUCGCGCUGGGAAGGCAGCAGCAGCAGCAGCAGCAGCAGCAGCAGCAGCACGGGCGAAGCUGCCAGCAAUACCGCACCUGACUCUGGCGUUAGCAGCAGAAGCAGCAGCAGCAGCAGCGCAGCAGCAGCAGCAGCAGCAGCACCAGCAGCAGCAGCAGCAGCAGCAGCAGCAGCCGCAGCAGCAGCAGCAGCAGCAGCAGCAGCAGGGGCUGGGGGCGGUGCGGGCGCUGGACCUGCGGGGCCGGGGUGUCUGUACAGCUGAGGACCUGGGUCCUUUGAAGCAGCUCGAAAAGGCGGAUUUUUCUUUCAACAAAAUAAUUAAUUUUAAUUUUUUAAAUUUUAAUUUUAAUUUAAAAGAAUUAAAACUCUGCAGCAAUUCCAUUUCCAGCCUCGGGGGGGCCCUCGGCGGCCUCGGCGGGCUCCGCCUGCUCGACCUCCGCGCCAACAAGGCGAGUUUGGCUCCUUUUCGGGAAGAGUCCCUUUUGGGCAAUACCUGA